AUGUUGUUGUCGUUGUUGUUGUUGUUGUUGUUGUUGUUGUUGUUGUCACUGCUGCUGCUGGUGGCUGUAUUCUUGCGUGCAUCACCCCCAGAUGUGUCGGGUGAUUUCCUCUUUCCCGCACACACGCUCGUCGACUCGUUCUCCAUCCAAGCUGUCAACCUGCACGACCGAGCAGCUAUGGUCGGCACACAUCGCUUUCCAUCGCACCCGCACACCAGCGAACAAAAGCACGCCAGCGAACAAGACGAUCGCGGCGCUGCGUAGCCAACACCAACACGCCUACAGAUAGAUACAGGCACAGCCACAGCCACAAAGCUCUCAAAGAUGGAAGGGUGUGAGGGGUGAGGUGACAAACACGGGACGUGUCCUCGCAAACACAUGGCAGCGUUACAAACGCAACCAUCUGUGCAAGGGAUGCAAGGGGGAAGAGGGAGGAGGAACAAUAGCUCUCAGAGCACAAGCGAAU